AGCCAGCCUUCCGGCCCCGCCUGAUGACGUGAGUGCCGGGGGCCGGAAGGACGGACCCGCUUCGCUGGGGUGUUCCGCUUUCUCGGGCCCCGCGGAGCCUGUCGGGCCGCAAGGUUCCCGAGCAGGGCGAUGACAGAGUACAAGCUGGUGGUGGUGGGAGCUGGUGGCGUUGGCAAAAGCGCCCUGACCAUUCAGCUCAUCCAGAACCACUUCGUGGACGAGUACGACCCGACCAUAGAGGAUUCAUAUCGGAAACAGGUAGUUAUUGAUGGUGAGACCUGUUUGCUAGACAUUCUGGAUACUGCAGGGCAGGAGGAGUACAGUGCUAUGCGAGACCAGUACAUGAGAACUGGUGAAGGCUUCCUCUGUGUCUUUGCCAUUAAUAACAGCAAAUCAUUUGCUGAUAUCAAUCUCUACAGAGAGCAGAUUAAGAGAGUGAAAGAUUCAGAUGAUGUGCCAAUGGUGCUAGUGGGAAACAAGUGCGACUUGCCCACAAGGACAGUGGAUACAAAACAGGCUCAAGAACUAGCCAAGAGCUAUGGGAUCCCCUUCAUUGAGACGUCAGCCAAAACAAGACAGGGUGUCGAAGAUGCCUUUAACACCAUGGUGAGAAGGAAUCCGCAAACAUACUGGAUGAAAAGCUCAACAGCAGUGAAGAAAUGGGAAUCAAAGCUGCAUGGGAUUGUCAUGACAUUGUGGAUGUGAUAAGGAAUCACAUUUGUGAGCUUUGUGGGAGGUUUGGAGUCUACUGCUCUCCCUCCAUACACUUACUGUUCGCUGCAAUUCCUGGGAGCGCUGUCCCUUAGCAGAGUGUUAAAGUCAAGGUGGGUUGUGAAGACAUGGAUGGAGGAAGCUGCGUCUUUCAAGUGGGAUCAUGUGCCUUGCCUUCUUGUGCAGCCCUUUGCUUCAUACCAGACUGAAAUCCUGCCUGCUGGCUGGUGGCCGCUGCAUGUAAAGAGUGUGCUGCUUUCAAGUUCUUUCUGAGCAAUGGACUUAUACCAGUGUUUGCUGCUAACUCCAGCCAGCCCUGUAGCCUUCAAGGUCACACAAAGUCAAGCUUAGCUGCAUGGCUAUUUGAUAUCCCCUAAAAUAAGUAGGUCAGAUGAGGCCUAUCACUUGUACUUAUUUUCCUCACUCUCCAAACAGGCACAACAGAAUCUGGAGUAUGUGACAAUCACACAGCAAGUGGGGGCAACUAUUGUUGUAAAAUUUGGAGCUGAGGGCUGCAAUCUGAGCAGAGAUGACACAACCGUGAAGCAGCAGGGAUUGAUGUUAGUGUAAAUUAAGCUCAUAAGACACUGAGAGCUAUGUGGAAUGUUUAGGUGAAGUUUACCGUAGAACACAUUUUAUUUCUGGUGCUAUAGAGAAAUCUUUACUCCAGCAGGACUCUGGUCUGGCCCUCUGACUGUUUCUGACCUCCUUCUGGGAUUUAAUUGGCUUAUGUUGCAGGGUGGGAUGCAAGGCCAUUUAACUGAACAGGCUCAGCCCAUAGCUGAGGAAUCUGGUCAAUGAAUAGCGAAUGGCUGAGAGGAAUUCUCUCCUGGAAUUAGUGCUAAUAACUGGCCCAGUGUGCCGGUGAGGACCUAUUGUGCUAAUUUCAUCACAUCAUUCACAAGCCGGGGUGUGUCUAUGAAAUUAAUGGAAAUGUAAUAUUUCUCUGACAACUUAAGCUGACUUUUGGCUUGCCUGACAAAACUGUCAGCCAAAGGUCCAGAUUUGGACACCUCAUCUGGCAACAGGUGCACCUAGAGACAGCAAGACUGGGGCAAAGGAUGUUGCUAAGAGCUUAGAUCUGCCCUAGUGUCUGACAAUGUUUCAGCCUCCUCGCUUGUAAGGAGGCCUGUGCUGAGGAGCAGCCAGGAGCAAGCAAGCCUAGUAGGAAUUUAGUGCUGGGUUUCUGAGGCCUGUGCCUGGGAAGGCUGCUUAAUGCUGAGAGUAAAUGGCUCACCAGUGAUGCAGACCAAAGGCUGAAAAAGUUCACAGCUGGACAAAAAUGGAAAGAUCACACUUUCAUGUUCAGUGUUUCAACUUAAUGAAGAUUUAAUUCUGAUUAUUGUAUCAUAUAACACAUCCCUACUAAUGUUUCUGCAGAUGACCCUAUCAGUGGAGCUCAGCUGAACUGACUUUUCAGUUUAAAACAGUGAGAGGAUCAAGAGAUGAUAGGAAAAAGAAGAAAUUUCAGCCUUCAAAGUCAUUCUUGGUUUCUGAUGUGAAUCCUCUGACCUUGACAUCCAACCCAAAAAGAUUUUAAGCAAAUGUAGCCUUUAUAGGGUAAUAAUGUGCAGGAGACAUUGGUUUUAUAGGAUUUAAAUAAAAGAAUCAUCCAGACAGUGAUGCGGGGUCUGGGUUCCUAAAACCAAGUCUCAGAUUUUAUUACUUAUAAAGGUUAAUCAAAGGAGCAGGGAUAGAAGGAAGCAGUGCAAGCCCUUCCUCUAGUCAGCAGUCUUCUAUAUCUGACAGUGUCUUAGACCAAGAUCAUAAAGCCCAGGCCCGAGGAGAGAGCAUAGAAAUCUCUCUUGAUUGACAAUGGGGUCUGGGUCAUGAUGAGGGCUCCCAGGUGCUAAGGUAAUACAAAUAAAUAAUCAUAACAUGAGAUGGACCAUCCCACCAUUCUCCGGAUUGCCAGCUGCAUGCUUAUUUGCAGGCAAGUAAAGCAACUCAUUUGCCAAGAGUCUUUGGCAAAGGGAAGGUCCCAAUGUACCAUCAGAAAAGAUAACUGAAGAGUGUAAAAAUCAGUGAUAUAGUCCAAGAACCCCUGAGAGUAUCUUGAUUAUAACCCAGCUGAGCAUUAACAUGAGAAGCAGUGACACCCACAGAACUUGAAUGAACAAUGUUUCUGAAAGGUUCUUUGAGUGACUUGGAAAUGAUUUGUGAAGGUACUGGACUGGACUCGGCACUUCUGCUAUAGGCUUCCUGUGUGACCUUGGAUAAAUAAUUUAUUCUCCCUGUCUCAGUUCCCCAUCUGCAAAAUGUGGAUAAUACUUCCUUUAGACCAUCCAGCUGUUUAGACUGUAAGCUCCUUGGGGUAGUGUCACUAUGGGUAUGCACAGUGUGUAGCGCGAUGGGCUCCUGAACUCAGCUGAUGUCUCUAGGGGCCACAGUAAUGCAAAUAAUAAAACAAUAAGGUUUUCUCG